GUGCAGCCGAUCUAGAGCUUGUCAGUCGGCUUGCGCACGCAGGGCGAAGGCGGCGGUGUGUGUAUAUGUGCCGUGUUCGUGAACCAACUACUGGUGCGCCGAAAUGCUACCUUGACAGAUCAGUGUAGGUUGUCAGCGUGUAUACGUAGUCGCUACUGGACUAUAAUUGAGCUCUUUCUCGGGUACAAGAUUUGAAAGGUCUCGCUGCUCGGAAACUCGACAGACUGGCCUGGUAGCUUGACUUGGAGACCCGUGCUCCUUAAUGACGGACAUGGGGGCGGCAGUCUUCUUCCUAUUGGCAUUUGUGCCGUUUGCCGCGUGUCAAAGCGGCGGCGUGUACACGAUUGUGGCGCCACAGACUCUAAGGCCGAACCUCAAGUACCACGUGAGUGCAUCGCUGAGCCAGAGCCGGUUGCCUGUGGACAUGCUGGUUACUGUGUCGGGGCGCGCUGACAACGGCAACUUCAACGUUAUCAACAAGAGGGCCACGCUUCAAGACCGUGAGACUCAAGUCUUGAGUUUCGAGAUUGGUGACUGGGGCCCUGGAAAGUACAAAAUUACAGCCGAAGGCUCGGGUGGUCUGAACUUCCGAAAUGAAACUGACCUCAUCUAUGAGCACAAGAGCUACUCGGUUUUCAUGCAGACAGACAAAGCUGUCUACAAACCAGGACAGAAAGUCUUGUUUCGUGUGAUUGUAGUGGAUCCGUAUCUCUUGCCUACUGUGACUGGUGCCAUGGAUGUAUUCAUUGCUGAUGCUAAGGGCAACAGGAUUCAUCAGUGGGAUCGGGUGUUUACUCAGCGAGGCAUUUAUUCAUCUGAGCUCCAACUUUCUGAUCAACCUGUUCUUGGAGACUGGACUAUUAAUGUGGAUGUACUGGGUCAGAAAUUCAAGAAGAGUUUCACAGUUGCUGAAUAUGUGCUGCCAACUUUUGAGGUUAAAGUGGGCCUUCCUGCAUAUGUCACUUACAAUAAGUCUGAAGUUGUUGCAACAGUCACAGCUACGUACACAUAUGGCAAACCAGUGAAAGGUACUGUUACACUGACAGUCACCCCUCGCACCCGAUACCAUCAACUGCAUCCAAGGCCUUAUGAGCAGUACCAAACAAAGACAUCAAUUGACGGCAGUGUGGACAUACCUGUUGCAAUUGUGCGGGACCUUUCCCUAAAGACAGACUUCUUUCUGCGGGAGAUUGAGUUCUUUGCCUUGGUGACAGAAGAACUGACUGGACGCAAGUACAAUGCAACCAGCUACAUCAUUGUCUAUGACAAAGAGAUAAAAGUCGAGCUUGUGAAAACUUCUGAAACCUUCAAACCAGGCCUCAAGUACACCUGCUUUCUCAAGGUCGCCUACCAGGAUGACACCCCUGUGAAUGAUGCAGUGAACCAACUGACACUGCACUAUGGCUUCAAUUUCAAUGAAGAGCUCUGGCAGAGCAGCCAGCAUUGGGUGCCACAAAACGGUGUCAUACGGUUGGAGUUCUUCCCACCCAAUGAGAACAGCACUGUGAUUUUGGGUCUGCGGGCAGAGUUCAGGGGUCAAACCUACUACCUAGAAGGCAUCUAUCCAGCCAAAUCUCCUAGUCGCAGCUUCCUUCAGGCUGUGAUGAUCACAGAGGAGCCUAAAGUGGGUGACAUUGUUGAGUUUGAAGUCAACGCCACUGACACCCUUGACCAUAUUGUCUAUGAGGUAAUGGGGCGAGGAGACAUAGUGUAUGCACAAACUCUUCCCGUAUCUGGUGUACGAAGCUACCGAUUCAGCUUUUCUGCCACAUUCCGCAUGGCUCCAAAGGCACGAGUGCUUGUCUACUAUGUCAGGAAGGACGGUGAAGUUGUGGCUGAUGCUGUUAAUUAUGAUGUUGGAGGAAUUCUCCGGACACCUGUACAUGUACAGACAAGCAUAGCUGAAACAAAGCCUGGUGGACAGUUGAAUGUAUUGGUAUCAACAAAACCUAAUGCCUUCAUUGGUGUCCUUGGCGUUGACCAGAGUGUAUUGCUUCUUAAGAAGGGCAAUGACUUGAGCCAGGAACAGGUCAUCGAAGAGCUGGAGUCAUUUGACAGUGGGAAGAAGGCAAAGUACUGGCCUCCGUGGUACAGGCGGCGCAGGCGUUCUCUUUGGUGGCCAGGAUCAACGACUACACAUGAUCUUUUUAAGGAUGCAGGCAUGGCUGUCCUUACAAAUGGCCUUGUGUACGAGUUUGAUGAUGCCAUCUAUGCGAGGAAGCAAGUGAUUCGUCUAGACACAGAUGUCUUGACCAAUCCCGUCCUUCCACCGGCUGGGCUCCCUGAAGCACCACCUCAGGUGCCUGGUCGCAUUAGGCUACGUCAGCAGUACCCUGAAACUUGGCUUUGGACCAAUGCCACUGCCAGUCAUGAUGGUAGGGCUGUCAUUUCAAGUACUGUUCCCGACACUAUUACAUCAUGGGUUAUCAGUGCAUUUGCGCUAGAUUCCCUCACUGGUCUUGGCAUUGCACCCUCCCAAGCAAAAGUGACCGUCUUCAGGCCAUUUUUUGUGACUGCUAGUUUGCCAUACUCAGUUCUUCGUGGAGAGAGUGUAGCAAUUCAGUGCGUAGUUUUCAAUUACAACAACAAGGAAGUUCAGGCGGAAGUGACAUUAGAGAAUCGACGUGGAGAGUUCAUCUUCAGUUCAUUGUCAAAUGAUGUCACAGGAGAAGAAGGAAAAGACAGACGUUCUAAGACGGUAAAAGUGCCAGCUCAAGACGGUGUACCUGUGUCUUUUCUGAUCACACCUCUCAAGCUGGGCUACAUUGACAUACGGGUAUCGGCUACUUCAAGUCUGGCUGGUGACGCCGUAUUGAAGAAGCUUCUUGUCAAGCCUGAAGGAUCGAAACAGCACUUCAACAAGGCCAUCUUAAUUGACAGAAGGAAUCCUUCAGCUCCACCCACCGUGGCUAACAUCAGUAUUCCCAUUCCAAAGAAUGCAGUUCCUGGAUCGGAGAGGAUCACCAUUUCUGCAAUUGGUGACCUUCUUGGCCCAAGUGUGAACAAUUUGGACAAGCUGCUAGUUAUGCCACAUGGCUGCGGAGAGCAAAACAUGCUGGAUUUUGUGCCGAAUAUUGUUGUUCUUGACUACCUAAGCAGGGCCAAUCGGUUGUCAGAUACUGUUCGAAGCAAAGCAAUACGCAACCUUGAAGACGGUUAUCAACGGGAGCUAACGUACAAGCGUGAUGACAAUUCAUUCAGUGCAUUUGGCAACACAGACAGGAGUGGAAGCACAUGGUUGACAGCAUUUGUGCUCAAAAGCUUUGCUCAGGCUUCUCCAUACACUGUUAUUGAUCCCAAAGUACUUGAAAAUGCCACUGCUUGGCUCGUGGCACAUCAGCAAGGAGAUGGCUCAUUUAACGAACCUGGAGAGAUUAUCUACAAACCAAUGCAGAGUGGUGCUGGGAGUGGACCCGCAUUGACAGCCUAUGUCAUGAUUGCCCUGCUUGAAAACAAGGCGAAGCAGACACAUCCUGAUGUAAUCCAAGCAGCAGAGGCCUAUCUUCUGAAGGAGCUUCGGACAACCAAUGAUCCCUAUGUUGUGUCUUUAGUGACUUAUGCUUUGCAUCUAUCGGGUCACAGUGCUCAGGACAGUGCUUUCCAGAAGCUUCUUUCUCUAUCAACGAGGGAAGAUGAUACCAUCUAUUGGAAAGACCCAACACUGGCUGUCAAUACUACUGAUAAGCAGUCUGAUUACUUCUUCAAGCCCAGCUUCAAAGAUGUUGAGAUGACUGCAUAUGCUUUGCUUACCCUAACUGAAAGGGGUGAUAUUGGCAAUGCCAUUCCAGUGAUGAGGUGGUUAGUUUCCAAGCAGAAUGAAAACGGUGGCUACAGCUCUACCCAGGAUACUGUAAUAGGCAUUCAAGCACUGGCACGUGUAGCAGCCAGAGUUGUGUCCCAGACAAUUGCUAUAGAUGCCACCGUGAAGUAUGGAGAUGGACGAAGCCGCAUCUUGAAGAUCAACAGUGGCAAUGCUCUUGUACUGCAACGUCUUGAGCUGCCUUCUGACCUCAAGUACGUUGAGGUUGAAGCAACAGGAUUUGGAGUGGCAGUCUUGCAGGUCUCCUGGUCAUUCAACCUAGCGGUGUCUUCAGAAUCGCCCUCAUUCUUUUUAAACCCUUUGCUGGACAAGACAUCCACUGAAAACUAUCUUCAGCUCAGUGUUUGUACCCACUACCAAGGAGAAGGGGAUGCUAGUAAUAUGGCUGUCAUGGAGGUGGCCCUGCCUUCAGGCUACCUCUUCGACUUUGACACCCUGAGCAGCAUCCACAGAACCAAGGAGGUGCGACGGGUUGAGAGCCAAGAUGCUGACACCAAUGUUGUCAUCUACUUUGACAGGAUCGGUAAGGAAGAGCUGUGUGUCACUGUACCAGCUCAUAGAGAACACAAAGUCGCCAACCAAAAGCCUGUUCCUGUGAAAGUCUAUGACUACUACAAUUUGGCUCGCAGUGCUAGAAUGUUCUACAGUCCCCACAAAGCAACAUUGUGCGAUAUCUGUGAUGGUGUUGAGUGUGGAAAUGACUGCAAUGCUGUGAAGCGGACGAAGCAGGAUUCACAGCUGGAAAGAGAGUCUGAGCCAGAUGGAGCCAGUGGCAUCCACGCAUCGCUCCUUUCGAUAGUAGUGCUUGUCACCACUGUGGCAUUCUUUCAGAGGUAGUGGCAUGGAAAAUUUCUUACGACUGGGCAAAAUGCUUGGUAUACAUAGUGCUGCAUCUCAUAUUGUAGUGUUUUGUUACUUUGUCUCAUCGCAAAGGCCUGCUCAGACUUAUUUAGCUCGUUUUGGCAUUCAUACUAUGACAUCUGUCGUUUGAUUGUGUACUACUACCUACUUCGUCAAUCAGUGCAUUUGGUGCAGUGUGAAACAUAUCAUUAUAUUGGUGUUCUUUGUGAUCCUGACAGUGAUCUGUUUUUAUCUGAAUUCUGUGUUUGUCGCUCUUGUGUGCAUGUUUUUGUGUUGUGCGAACAUUGCAAUUGCUGCUUUUUAAAAUGCCUCUGUAAAGGUUCUUAAGUAUGGAGCGUAGAGAUGCUGUAAUUCGUUUCUGUAGUUAUGUACAUCUAUAAAGAUCUCCAGCUACAAAUAAGUUCUUUGUAGAUAGUACACACAUUACAAGGGCAUAUGGCUAGCAUAAAUGUGUCAUGAAAAGACUAGCAGUCCUUUUUCAUUUUUCUUGGUCUCCAUUCCUCUUAUCCCUGUGUAAAGGAGCAGGUCAGAAUCAGAAGUGCAUCUCAUCACUCCUGUCUAAACUAUCCUCCACUUUGAUCUGAAAUUCCUUUUAGCGCCCUCUAGGAAAAUCUGCCAAUAAGUCUAUGCUUCUCUGCACAUACAUAUUGUUGCCCGUGCCGUUUUUCAUGUUUGCGAGCAGUUAGUGGUAGGUUGUCAUAAGAAUAUGUGGUGCCGUAGCAUUGAAAAAUUUUAAUUUCACUUAAAUUUUAAUACCUCCUAAUGCGAAAUUUGAGCACAGGAGCAUUGUGGCAUUGGCUGCGCUGUGCCUCUGCUCUGCAGUUCAUUUAGAAGCAGUGGCAGAUGAAGCAGUUCCAGCAGUUGCAUCGAUCAUUGUUUAGGAAGAAAGCAUGAGCAUGGCAAUGCGUGGUUCAUGCCCACUAGGGCGUUACAGCACAAGCAUUGUUCUGUGUAAAUGUUAAGCAAGACCAGCAUGAGACGACGAAAGAGAGGCAAGUAGUGUGGCCUUUGUUCCUGAUCACGUCCUGUAUCGCAUGCUUAUUCUGUGUUGCGGCCUUCCCUGGAAUGUAGCUGUCGAGCAGCAUCAGCACAGUGUGCUUUUCCCUUCUUCCUAGCUUUCAUCUGCAUCUUGCUGCAGUUGCCCACUGUGCAACCUCCUUGAGUUUGUAAUGUAGUCUAUAUCAAUGGGUGGAAUUUUGAUUGCUGAAAACUCCUCAAUGGAAGGAGUAUCCCGUUACCACAAAAUGUAGUGGGUAUGUGAAGUGUUUGGCAUUACGUUUUGACAGUCAGAGCUUUCCUUAUGUAUACAAUGCUUCAUGUCAGUUUCACAUGUUGUCCUUGAGAGGGCUCUUAUUCCAACAUCACAGAACCUUCAUAGAAAGUGUUCUUUUAAUUUGUAUUGUACACUAGUAUGACGCAUUCAUAUGGUUCAGAUAUAUAUUCAAACCUCAAUUUAAUGAUAUCAUCGAUGUAAGGAAUUAUUUUUAUUUUCCAGUCUUUGUUGCAUUGAAAACUAUUUUUUUCCCACUAUCGUUCUGUUUAAUGGAACUUUUGGCUUUUUGGAGCAUACUUGGAACCUUUGUGGCUAGCAAGUGUUAGCAAAAAUCUAAAGUCGGGUUCGAGCAGCAAAACAAUUGUACGUGCUUUGCACAUUCAAAUUGCGCGCGCAGGAAACACCACUGCAGCAUCCGCCGUGGCCGCAGGUCGCGAGGCCGCCCACACAGCAGUGUACCAGAAACCAUAAUUACAUCCGAGAUCCGCUGCUAUGGUAUGGGCCACACAUACCACGUAUCGCAGGUGCCGACGUUCCUAAUUACACAAUCGGGCACAACAUUCUUGCAAUAAUUUUGUGUAUAGUUCGCUACUAACAAAAUACUACCACCAGGAAUGAUAGCGCAAGCUGUUGUACUUUUUUACUGCUUCAACAAAUAACGGCUCAAUUUAACAAAAUUCACUAUAUUAGUCAAGUUUUCUGCUGCAAGUGUGACUUCAUUAUAUCGAGGUUUGUCUGUAUUCACCUUCUGCAAGCUGAGUAUUUAGCCCUGUGGCUAAGAUGCUUGGCCUUUGAGCAUGGAGACCUAGGUACGAAAGCCACUACCGCCAACGAUUUUCCUGUCAAAUUUAUUGUUUUGUGAAUUUAUUUCCACUGCACUCUACAUUUGCUCUUUCAUUCUCUCCUUUGUGAAUCGUUCAUUUGAUUACUACGCUCCAGGAUAAUUGGAAAACCACCAACGGGCUUUUAAGGUCUGUGCUCUAAAAUAUUAUGGCCUUAUCCAGGUACUGUUUUUUUUUUAUAGAUAAAAGCUAUAACUCUAAUGUUCUUUCAGAAAUCCUUAUUAAACAUUCAUGUGUAGGAUUGGGAAUAUUGGCUUUCAUGUGCUUCCUUUGAAACACCUGAAGGUGCGUUAUGAAUAGUUGCAUUAUAUGUACGAGAAAUUUGUUUAUCGGGCACAGCAAUCCUUCUUGGCCACAAUAAAGGAACGUUAACAAAUGCUGGAUGAUGCUGCUAGUAAUAUGCGAGUCAAAUGUAAUUUGGCUGAAUAGGCACGUAUAUCUACUACUAUCCUGCACAAGGUAGCUCGCUUGCACAUACAGUGUUCGAGGCCUCCUCCAUUGUUUUUCACUUAUGAAAUAAGAUACUCAUGAAAUGCCAGGCCGUAGAUUUCAGCCAUUGGUUAAUCAGUCCAAAGCUCUGCAAUUAUAAAAUAUUGGAAUGUUAAAAUUUUAAAACGGUUGGAAUAGUAAUGACUGUAUUAAGGAUACUAUGUUUUUCUGGGCAAUGCAUGUAUACGUGCAGGCAUUGAGUGCUAAAUAUGCCAGUUAUCUUCUGUAUAUGAUGUAUUAUGUAUGUGAAAAAUAUGUUGGUGCAGGGUACUUAGAAUUAUUGGGCGAGUUACUUGCAAAUUACGGUAUCCUUAUGGUGGAAACAUAAUUACGAAGGCAUAAUGUAGCUAUGCUUCUUUUGUUUUGAUGCUGAUAAUAGGUUAUUUAUUUACUAUGUACUAUCGCAUAUCUCAUAGCCUGAUGCUUUGGGAUGCCAAACCCCAUAAAUGAAAACCUGAAGAAAAAUGUCACUGCAUACUAAAUGUUCCCGAGUUGCUCAAUUAAGGUCAGUCCGAACAUCCCAGUAAACUUAUUUGCAUUUGUAUCGUAUGAGGUUUGUACUUUGUAUGCCAUGUGGUUGACCAGUGGUAAAUGUGUCGCAGCAAACUCAUAAUGCAAUGAAAUUGGUUGCUUUUAUAACUGGGAUCAGAAUAGCUGGGGUUAAGUGUCAACAAUCGAGUGCAAGUUGCAGGUAGGUAACACAAUCCUGGGGAUUAAUGUAGUUGCUGUGGUUAAUGUGGUACCUAGUUUUAAGCCAUCAGCUUUUGUAUGAUCAUUCCAAUUCCCUGCACCACCAUUGCAGUGCACUCACGACUCUGAGGUGCUAGGCAGAGCAAUCCUAUAUUUAAGAUUUCGUUAGCUUAGAUGUUGCAACAUAAGCGCAGCACAGGUGCUUAUGUAGUGUAUCAGGAAGCACAUUCACCAAUGGUUGCACUUUUAAGAAAUUAACAGAUUUUUCUCCGGUUUGCACUAAGAGUUGAAUGGUAUAGGGAGUGUUUCAAUGCUCUUAUUUGCGGUCACCUUCAAGUGACUUAUUGGUUACCUAAGGGUAUUAACUCUUAAGCUUUUAAAAGCUUUUAGAAAAAUGCUAUGAAGGUUGUUGAGAAAGAGCAUGACAGGGAAAUGUUCUGGCUGCUAGAAUGCUGAGUGCAGCAACAUUUGCAUGCUGCAAAGCAUUGUCACUUGUGUGCUAAACUUAUUACAAAUGUGUCUCCAUGUAUCACUUUAGUGACUUUCUAUAUUGAAAUUUUACUAAGUUAGCGGGAGUUUCUUUCAACCUUCUUCGUUUGUAAAUGAUUAGAUAUUUGUAGCUUACAUUUUUUUUGUCUGUGGUAUGUUGCUUGAACUAGCUUUAGCUUUUUUUUAUUCGAUUUGUAGAAACGUGCUGACUACAGUUAGAAAGUAAAUGUUGGUUCAUUUUUGAUGUCCUGAAACCUGGAGUUUUAUUUGUGGUAAUAUGUAUGUGUGUUGUGCAGCAGUUUUCUGUCUACAACUGGAUGCAAUGGUUUAUUCUAUAUAUGCUGGUACAUAUUUGAAAUGUUGCAUGCAGUUGUUUGACAAGUGUACAUAGAUUUUUUACUUUUUUUUCUGCUGUGCAGUUCUUAACUGGAUAUACGGUGUCUUUUUUGCAAUUGACUUCUACUGGUAGUCUGUACAUAACAUAUUUUUAUGUGGCUGUUCAGAGUCUGUUGUGCACAUAAAUUGCUAUGUUGUAGCAUUUGCUAUAAUACUGUGAUGCUGAACUAUGUUGCUGACUUGUUUAGUGAUCUUUCUGCAAUGCAGAUGAUGUGCAUGUGGAAAAAGUUUGCAGCUACUUGUGCCACACAGAAUGUGAUCUUUUCUUCAUCUUUGUUCUUAUUGUUGUUUUUACUGAAGCUCCUUUUAAGCAUUAACCAAGAAUCUUGGUUAGAACAGACUACAUGACUUCAAUUUUAUUGCCUUUACAUACGUUGUUCUCUCAACCAUAUUUAUUUUCCUGUCAACGCGCCUAUGACUCAUGCAAAUCUUGUUGUAAAGUGCACAUACCAAUGUAUGCACAUAUUGCAGUAAAUGUUGCAAUGCUUGACCACUCA